AUGGCUGGGAGGGGUAAAGCAGUCAAGGGCAAAGGCAGGCGUUCCGCAAAGGUUGGAAACACCAGUGGACUCGACAACAAAACCUACAACCAGAAUCUUGUUAGAGAGACUGGUGGAGUAUCAGCUCUUACCCAUCAAGCUAUGAGCAAUACCUCUGCCGCUCUUAUUAUAAGAGCGGCAGUCAGGGCUGGGACUCAUAGGGAGUGUAGUGGACGUACACGGAUAGACCGUCAAACUUGA